AUGCAAGGAAGGAUCUUUUCUGAGAUUCUUCCUUUGGUGUUUUAUAGUCCAAAUGCUCCAAACCAAGCCCCACUGAUUCUUCUUGAGGAUGUGACCAAUGUCUAUGGUGAUACAGAUAUUGAUCGUAACAAACACAUACACAAAAAGAGGAAACUUGCUGAAGGAAGAGAAAAAACAAUGAGCUCAGAUGAUGAGGAUCCUUCUGGAAAGGCGCGAAGUCGUCAUAUUGCAGUUAAUAAGGCAGACCUUGCAAACUCUAUUGAAGUACUAGAGAGCUUUAAACUGGCAAGAGAGAGCUGGGAGCUACUCUGCUCACUGGAAUCACUUGAGAAAGAGUUCACCAGAAUUUGUUUGUCGUGGAAGACUGAAACCUGGCUUUGGUUAAGAAUCUUUCUUACGGACAUGAUUAUUUACCAGGGGCAGUAUAAAAAGGCAAUUAGCAGCCUGCAUCACUUGGCAGCUCUUCAGGGUUCUCAUUCUCCACAACAAAUUACAGGACAAGGAUCACUAGAAAAUCAGAGAGCGCUAAUCCAGUUAGCAACGUGCCACUUUGCCCUUGGAGAGUACCGGCAAACAUGCGAAAAAGUGCUUGAUCUCAUGUGCUAUAUUUUACUUCCAAUACAAGAAGGAGGUAAAGUACAGGAGGAGCAACCUAAAGUGAAGUCUAAAUUCAGAAAAGGGUCUGAUUUGAAGCUUUGGCCAUGUACCAGCAGAGCUAUCAUGCCUCACUGCCUUCAUCUGUUGUUAGCUUGUUUCAAGCUCAGAGCUUUCACUGACAACAGAGAUGAUACAGCAUUGGGCCAUGUGAUUGUUCUACUUCAGCACGAGUGGCCAAGGGGUGAAAAUUUAUUCCUGAAAGCCAUCAAUAAAAUCUGCCAACAAGGGAACUUCCAGUAUGAGAAUUUUUUCAACUAUGUCACAAAUAUUGAUAUGUUGGAGGAAUUUGCUUAUUUAAGAACACAGGAAGGUGGGAAAAUCCAUCUGGAACUGUUGCCAAAUCAAGGAAUGCUGAUCAAGUAAGGAUGAAAAUGUAUUC